GACCCUCUCCUGCUGACCCCUGCACACUCCAGCCUGACCACCCCCAGCCAGCCCAGCAAUGACAGAGAAAGCCCCCUCGGAGGCCCCUGCCUGUGGUCCGGAGGAGACCGCUUCUGAGCCGGCCAAGGCGCCCACCACCGAGCCCUCUGGAGAAGUGGCAGCAUUGGCGUCCACCGGGGAAGAGCGGGCUCCCACGCCACAGGAGCCUGCCCCCACAGCCCCUGCGGCCCCCGCAGCCACUAAACCUGCCCCUGCAAGUGAAGAUGUGCCCAGUGCCCCGCUGCAGCUGGCCUUGGAGGAUGUGAGCGACAGCUCGGUGACCGUGAGCUGGGAGCCACCGGAGAGGCUAGGGAGGCUGGGGCUCCAGGGCUAUGUGCUGGAGCUCUGCAGAGAAGGAGGCUCGGAGUGGGUGCCCGUGAACGCCCGGCCCCUGAUGGUGACCCAGCUGACCAUGCGGAACCUGGCUCUGGAGGACAAGUUCUUCCUGCGUGUGGCUGCAGUGAGCUCUGCGGGGGCUGGCCCACCAGCAGUGUUACAACAGCCUGUCCACAUCCAGAAGAUCAUCGAGGCCCCCAAGAUCCGAGUCCCCCGCCACCUUCGUCAGACCUACAUCCGCCAGGUGGGAGAGCCAGUCAACCUGCAAAUCCCCUUCCAGGGGAGUCCCAAGCCUCAGGCCUCUUGGACCCAUAAUGGCCACGCCCUGGACAGCCAGCGGGUGAAUGUGCGCACCGGGGACCAGGACUCCAUCCUCUUCAUCCGCUCGGCCCAGCGCUCCGACUCAGGCUGCUAUGAGCUCACUGUGCGUCUGGAAGGCUUGGAGGCCAAGGCAGCCAUCGACAUCCUGGUGAUUGAGAAACCUGGACCCCCCAGCAGCAUCCGGCUACUGGACGUCUGGGGCUGCAACGCUGCUCUUGAGUGGACACCGCCCCAGGACACAGGCAACACAGAGCUCCUGGGCUACACAGUGCAGAAGGCAGACAAAAAGACAGGGCAAUGGUUCACGGUCCUGGAGCGCUACCACCCGACCACGUGCACCAUCUCUGACCUCAUCGUGGGAAACACCUACUCUUUUCGGGUCUUCUCGGAGAACCAGUGUGGGCUCAGUGCCUCGGCCGCGGCCACCAAGGAGCUAGCCCGCAUCCAGAAGGCAGAUAUUGUUGCCAAACCUAAAGGGUUUGUGGAGCGAGACUUCUCAGAAGCCCCCUCAUUUACCCAGCCCCUGGCUGACCACACCUCCACUCCUGGCUAUAGCACUCAGCUCUUCUGCAGUGUCCGAGCAUCGCCCAAGCCCAAGAUCAUCUGGAUGAAAAACAAGAUGAACAUCCAGGGUGACCCCAAAUACCGUGCCCUCUCUGAGCAAGGCAUCUGCACCCUGGAGAUCCGGAAGCCCAGCCCCUUUGAUUCUGGGGUCUACACCUGCAAGGCUGUCAAUGUGUUAGGGGAGGCAUCCGUGGACUGCCGGCUGGAGAUCAAAGGGAAAGCAUCAGCCACACACUGAAGAGCGACAGGAGGCUGUGAUGAGGAGAACGGUGGUUCUGAGGCUCCGGACAUGGAUCCCAGAGCUGCAGGGGCAGAGCUAAGUGCUGGGCAUUGGGCCCUUGGGGUGGGAGGCCUGGGAAGAAAAGAGGGGCGUUGUGUCCCUCUGCCCUGUCUCACUUCUUCAGCAGGGCAGGUAGAGCCCAGCUCUGUCUAACCCCAGGGCUCAUGAAGCGUGUUCUCUGCCAGGUGCUGCAGACCUGGAGAAUCAGGGCCACCAGACUCAGAAUCAAGCUCCACGAAUGUCCCAGAGCCCUGUUCACAUGGUGAUGGCUGAUGGCUCUCCUCCCUGGUACCUGCCUCACCUCCCUCCCCUAGAGACUGGAGCCCAGGAGCCAGGGGUAGGCCUGGCAGGCCCCAGGCCAGGCUUCCUGGGCACGAGGGGGCCUGGGAGGUGCAAAGACUGGAUGCCCCUGCAGAGAGGUGCACUCUGGGUGAGAACCGCUCAAAUAAAGGUGUGUGGUGUGUUUCGGUG